AGUGCAUCGCGGUGGACCUGCCUGUUCGAAAAUAGUUCUUUAGUCGAAAAGUUUUGUUUUUAUUCGGUUUACUGCAGUUUCGCCCUGUCUUCAACUCAAAAAGUGCCAAACGGUUCACAUUUUUAAACCGGCACAUUUGCUUUCGAGAUGAAGUCAGUCAUUGCAAUAGUUGUAGGUUUUUGCUUUGUUUCCGUUAGCGGUAUACCAGAAUUUCGAGUGAGGCGAGCCGAUGAAAAUGAAUCAUGGAAAGCACAGACACUACACAGAGCCGCUUAUGAUGAAUUGGUUCAACAAACAACUGAAAUACUCACAAUCACCCAAAAAGCCAGCAACGACAAGGAAAUCAACAAUAGUACUAAUAUUUUGGUCCAAACAGUUACCAAAAUCGAUGUUGACAUCGAUAAAACUGUUACCACUACGGAAACACUCGUAAACACACCCACUACCUCCAGCAAAUCCGAUGGUAUCGACAGCAAGAUUAUUGGCAGCACCACCGAUGCAGUCAUCGCUAACAUCACCACCACGACUUCAUGUUCAUCUUGUACAGCUGAGAAUCCAUCAUUAUCGUCAAAAAUAUCAAAUCCGUGUGAGGUCGGUGAAUGUGUGCCAUACUAUUUAUGUUUAAAUGGUUCGGUAAUAACCAGUGGCGAAGGAAUUAUAGAUGUUAGAUUUGGUGCCGAUGAUGACCCAGAGCCAGAGCGUCACCCAUGUCCAAACUUCUUCGACACCUGUUGCUUUCUUCAAUCGGAAACAGGAAUUGUAAAAGACACUAUUAAUCCACCGCCACCAAUCGAAAUGCGAGAUAAAUGUGGAAUUCGGAAUAAGAAUGGCACUGCAUUUACGUUAAUCGAACGUGAAAAUGAGGCUCAAUUUGCUGAAUUUCCUUGGACCGUGGCCAUUAUUUACAAAGUUCGUGAAAAUAAUUACGCUGUAAAUGUGUACAAAUGUGGCGGUUCAUUGAUUCAUCCACAAGUAGUUAUGACGGCCAGUCAUUGUGUUAUCGAUCUAACUAAUGUUCAGGACAUUUUGAUCAGAGCCGGCGAGUGGGAUACACAAACUACUGACGAACCGUACCCACAUCAGGAUCGGGCUGUGACCGAAGUUAUAAUACACGAACAUUAUCGGCGCGGACCUCAUUUUAAUGAUGUUGCAUUGUUGAUUCUGGAGACGCCCGUUGAAAUUGCCGAAAAUGUCAAUACAGCUUGCCUCCCGCCACAAGAUUUUGUGUUUAAUGGACAACGCUGUCUUGCUACGGGCUGGGGCAAAGAUAAAUUCGGCAAAGAUGGACUUUAUCAAGUGAUAUUGAAGCGAGUUGAACUUCCGGUCAUUCCGAGCAAUGAAUGUCAGCGAAAAUUGCGUGAAACUCGUCUCGGACGCCAUUUCAUCUUAAAUCCAAGCUUCAUUUGUGCCGGUGGUGAAAAAGGAAAGGACACGUGUCAAGGUAUAUAAAAACGACCAUUCCUAUCGUGUGUUAUAAUCAGAACUGUCUCUUUAAUUAACUCUUCUUGAUAUGCGCACUUGUACUUUACAUGCGUUACCGCUAGUACGAGUGCGCAUGCUUACGCUACAUCACCCCACUAAGAGUGGAUGAUGGUGAACAAAUUGAUUUUAAAACCAUUCUUCAUUUGUCGUCACAAACUACAUUUGUUUUUUACAAUAUUUCACUCAACACUUUUGGUGUGUAUAUUUUCUUAUCAAACUAAUUCGUUCAUUUACAUU